GUACUUUUAGCAGCUUCAGUGUGCACAAAGGAUGGGAAAGGCAGUUCGUCGAAAUGACUAAGUCCCGAAUCGAAGGUCUUAUCGCCACAUUUCCUAAGCUGCUUACUGAAGGCAAGCAGCACACGUUUGUCGAGACCGAUUCCGUCCGUUAUGUCUAUCAGCCACUGGAACGACUGUACGUCUUGUUGAUAACCACAAAGGCUAGCAACAUUCUUGAAGACCUGGAAACGCUACGUCUUUUCGCACGCAUAAUUCCGGAGUACGCUUGUGGUACAGAUGAAUCGGAUAUUUUGAAUAAUGCAUUUCAGCUCAUCUUUGCUUUCGAUGAGAUCGUCGCACUUGGCUAUCGAGAGGACGUGAACCUGGCACAGAUACGCACCUUCACUGAGAUGGAUUCACAUGAAGAGCGUGUGUUCCGUGCUGUUCAGGAGUCCAAAGAGCGCGAAGCAAAAGAAAUGAUGAAACAAAGAGCACGUGAUUUGCAGUUGGCUCGUCAGGAGGCUGCAAAACGCGGACCUGGGAGUGGCGGCAGCUCAUUGAACACACUUCGGUCCUACAAAGGCAGUAACGCAGGUUUCGGGAGCGAUGAUGCCAGAUCCGGUGAGUGCUAA